CUGGAGAUCACAGUUGAAUUCGAUUCUUAAUACAUUUUAGACUUCAGUAAUUACAUCCACAAAAAGCUCGUUCCUUCACACAGUUUAUCCAAGGUAUUAUCCCAAAACACACACACGCGCCGUAACAUCAUCGUUCAGUCCGCGUGUCAUCCAAAUUGAACAAAAUUCUAAUAUUGCAAGGACGACACAAGAGUGGAGAAAGUUAGCCAGAUCCCGAAAAUCCCAAAAAAGAUUGAAACCGUCAGCAUGCAGAAGGGCGUCAAGGACAAGGAGAACAGGACAAUGGCAACAGUACCGGAACCCUGCCAACAUCAGCAGCUGCAGCAGCAACAGAGGCAGCAGCAACCGCAGCAGCAGCAACAGCAGCAGCAACAACCGCAGCAGCAGCCGCCGUCCAAACAAAAUGAGGGCUUCCUUGGCAGUUUCCUUUCGAAAGGAUUAAAGACCAAUCAGUUGGUUGUGAACACGGAUGAGAAAACCCUGCGACCGGUUGCACGUCUAAAGGAACCGCGCGAUCUUUUCGCCCUGCCUAAGGACAAGGACAAUGACUGCUCACAGCAGGCCCCCAGAUGGCCGGUUGAGUGCCAGGUCAUCGAGGAGCGCAUCAAACACAUUCCUUACGUGCCCGCAACACCGGAGCCACUCAAUGCUCCAACUGGUAACGAGCUGAAGCCACGUCCCGUCGGCGAGGAGAACGGAAUAGUUGUGUUCAGUUACAGUCCAAUCAGCGCCGUUAAUUACGAAAAGCCCAAGGCGAAGAAGGGGGACGAGUCCAGUGAUGAAUCGGACUACUCCUCAGACUCUCACCAAGACUCCACGCCACCUAGCAGGGCCACACCCAUGCGUCUGGCUGGAGGCGGCGUUGGCGGCGCCUGUGAACGCAUGAAGCUCAAUAGCAGUGUGUCCAAGAUGAUCAAUAGCGUGGACAAUCGAUCGACAAGCGCCUCCCUGGACGACAACGAUGAUUGCUACGAUGAUGAUGAGUACGAUACCUCCGGAGGCGGAGGCGAGGCUCGGGAGAAGGCCAUUAUCAAGGAUCUCAUUGAGGCCAAGAAGAAGCGUUACCAGGAGGAGGCAGCCACUCCCAACGGCGGCGGUGUUACAGCCCGAAAUUCCAGGGCAGCCAGCAGGUCGGACGCCAGCAAGGAACCCAGCGGCGAUAUCGAUGACAUCUGGAAGAACAAUACCAGCGAAUACAAGCCCGCCUCACCGCACUACAUCCUCAGCCAGUUUGGCAAGAAGGUCUCCAAGGCCAUGAUCGAUCGCUUGGUGGAACAUGACACUGAUCAGGCGAAUGGCACUGGACCAGCCACAGCUCCAUCGGGAUCACAAAAGGUAUCGAGCAAGUUUGCCGUGACACCCUUUAAAUUGCCCAAAACCAAUUUGUCCCGCUUGGAGGCGGUCUUCAAGCAGACUGCUCCAAAGAAACCUGGUGUAGUCACUCCCAAGAACCGAAAACCAGUGGGAAAAGGGGUCGUCAGGAAACCGGAGGUGAAGGGAAAGGUUGUAACGGAUGGGAAAAUGGAAAAGCAAAUCGAAAAGAAAAUGGGCAGAGAGAAGAAUGGUAGCAACGAUGAAAGCAGUAGUUCCGAUGAGGGCGAGGAGUCCGACCCGGAUGGAGGCGCUACAGUCCGCCUGGCUGGUGGCGCUGAGAAGCCAUCUUGCCCCGAGGUCGCCGGUCAGUCUGUUUCGGAUACGGAAACCCUGGUGGGGGAGGAUCGACCAUCAUCUGGUGAUCGGGAGCAGGAUCAAUCCCUGAUGGGCCAGAAAACAGAAGGGGAUUCUCAGAAAACCAAACCCAAUACCCAUGCGUCUAUUGUGGCAGCGGCGGCGGCAUCAGCAGCUGCAUCAGCUGCAGCAAUGGCCAGGAAACGUCACCGAGGUCUAGAGGACCACAUACUCAACCACCAAGAAGAGGUCAGGGCAAUGGAAAUGCUGGCCAAGAGCAUCAAAAUGGAAGCGGGAGUGGGAGUGGGAGCGGGACCGGGAGUGGCAGCGGGAACGGGAGCGGGAACGGGAAUGGGCACUACUAGCACCACUAGCACCCCUAGCACCCCUAGCACCCCUAGCACCCCUAGCACCACCACGACCACCCCAGGCGGCGGCGGUAACAAUGUCUUUCGACUGACCAAGGAGCAGUUCCAGCUGCUCCGUCCAAUGGCCAGCCAGGAGACAACCACAAGUGCCACAAAUUCAACGAGUACUAAUCCGGAUACGAUCGAUUCGUCGCAAUCCUCUCUGUUUGAUUUAUCCCAAGCACAGUUCAGCCGAUCGGCGGUCGGUGGCGCUCGCUUUGUGACCAACUGCCAUCCAAUGAAUCCCGAUGAAUACGAUGGCCUGGAGUUUGAAUCACGCUUCGAGAGCGGCAACCUGGCCAAGGCGGUGCAGAUAACGCCCACCUACUAUGAGCUCUACCUGCGUCCCGAUCUCUAUACCAGUCGCUCCAAGCAAUGGUUCUACUUCCGUGUCCGUCGCACCCGACGCAAGAUGCUCUACCGCUUCUCGAUUGUCAAUCUGGUCAAGUCGGAUAGCCUUUACAACGAUGGCAUGCAGCCGGUAAUGUAUUCCACUUUGGGUGCCAAGGAGAAGAGCGAGGGCUGGCGGAGAUGUGGCGAAAAUAUAUGCUAUUACCGCAAUGAUGAUGAAAGUGCCAGCAAUAGCGCCAAUGAGGAUGACGAGGAUAACUCAACAUACACGCUGACCUUCACCAUUGAGUUCGAGCAUGACGAUGACACUGUGUUCUUUGCCCACAGCUAUCCGUACACAUAUAGCGACCUGCAGGACUACCUCAUGGAGAUCCAACGUCAUCCGGUCAAGUCCAAGUUCUGCAAGUUGCGUCUGCUCUGCCGCACGCUGGCGGGUAACAAUGUCUACUACCUGACGGUGACGGCACCCUCCACCACCGAAGAGAACAUGCGGCGAAAAAAAUCUAUUGUGGUAUCGGCUAGAGUGCAUCCCAGUGAGACGCCGGCAUCGUGGAUGAUGAAGGGCCUGAUGGACUUCAUUACCGGUGAUACAACGGUGGCCAAGCGAUUGCGGCAUAAAUUCAUUUUCAAACUGGUGCCGAUGCUAAAUCCGGAUGGAGUUAUUGUGGGCAAUACCCGUAACUCCUUGACCGGCAAGGAUCUUAAUCGCCAGUACCGCACGGUCAUACGCGAGACAUAUCCAUCCAUUUGGUAUACCAAAGCCAUGAUUAGAAGACUGAUUGAGGAAUGCGGCGUGGCCAUGUACUGUGAUAUGCACGCUCACUCACGUAAGCACAAUAUAUUCAUAUAUGGCUGUGAGAAUAAGCGGAAUCCGGAAAAGAAGCUCACCGAGCAGGUCUUUCCACUGAUGCUGCACAAGAACAGUGCGGAUCGUUUCUCCUUCGAGAGCUGCAAAUUUAAGAUCCAGCGAAGCAAGGAGGGCACCGGACGCAUUGUCGUCUGGAUGCUGGGCAUUACCAAUAGCUAUACAAUCGAGGCCUCCUUUGGUGGCUCCUCGCUGGGAUCGCGCAAGGGAACGCACUUCAGCACGCAGGAUUACGAGCACAUGGGACGAGCAUUUUGCGAGACACUAUUGGAUUAUUGCGACGAGAAUCCAAACAAAGUAAAGCGGCACGCAAAGUUAUUUAAGCAAAUCAAAAAGAUAAGAAAACGCGAGAAACGCGAACAGAAAGCAUUGAAAUUACAGAAAUUGGCCGAUCAGAUUUUAAAUUUACUCAAACAACAGGACAGACUACGUUCCAAAAUCAUCGAAAGACUGAUGCGAGAAGGCUCGAGUGCCGACGAGCCAUUGAAUAUACCUCUGUCGGAUUACUCAAGUGACGAGGGAAAUUGCAGCUCCAGUUCGGAUAAUGAGGGCAAGCACUCGAUAACGGCAUCUGAUCUGGAGGGACCUUGCUGUGCGCCCACCCGAGCACCACCAAGUUCUCCGGAGGUGAUCCAUGAGAUCCGCAAGUUCCGUAUGCGACGCAUGCGCAAAGUUAUGCACGAGCUGGACAAGAUCUACUUCACGCCGCUGUUUCAACGCAAAUUCAAGACACUGAUCAAGUUGAAACGAAGGCGCCACAAGUUGGGCGGCAAGUCGCCGACUCCCCCUGUCCCGGUUGCCAAGCGCCCGCGUGGUGGCCAGGCCACUGAUGUGCCCACAAAGCCACCGGCCACGGCCACAGCCACGGCAGCGGCAGCAGCAGCCGGAGUAAUUGCAGCCGCAGCUGCAGGACAAUUCAAACAACGCAAGCCGGCGAUAGGCAAGAAGCCCAUAAAGCGUCUAAAAGGUGGCUAUGUCCGGACUUCGGAAAGUAGCGAUAGUGUGACCUCCUCACAGUCAGAGUCCUGUCGUGACCAGGAAACCUCCAGCAACGCAGCCGGGCAGGCAAAGCGUAAGGUCAGUGGCGCCUCUGCACCAAAGAAGACGGUCAGUAAGAAGAAAAAGAAGUUUAUGCCCACGGAAAAGAAGAAGCCGGAAGUGACUGUAAAGCCGCAGGUGAACCGGAACUUCCGACUGUGGCUGGCCAAUCGGUGUAUCUACAUCUAUCGCCGGAAGAAGUCCCAGCAGACGCGACGCACCAAGUUGAGGAGCAAGCAGCCCAAGAAGCGCGGCGAGGUGGUGCGCACCACUCUGGAUCUGCCCACCACCGAUCCUGGCUCGGAUCUCCACUUCUCCACCGACGACGAGGAGCACUCACCCACAGCCGGUCAGAAUGGUUACGGAGCAGUGGCGCCACUCCGGCACACGCUCCUCCAGAGUGAUCUGCAACGACGCUAUAUCGAGGAAAUUGGCGACACUGUGGUCCAGAAGCCAAAAGCAGCUCACAUGCCACCGGAAUUGAUAGUGACCACGCCAUCGAAAAGCGGAACUCCAGGUGCUGGCGGCGUCAAGAAGAUGGAGAUCUUCAAGCUGACACCACGCACCGCUCCGGAACUGGACACUGGCAGAGCGGCAGGAGGUGGAGGUGGAGGUGGAGGUGGUCAACAAGUGGGCAUGAAUCAGAGGCAAUCUGGUGGCAUGGCAACGGGAGGAACGACUGCCAGACGUACCUACUCCUGGCACAAUCUCGAUCAGCAGCAGGACAUACCCACGGGAAAUGGAGGAGGACAAAGCGGCAAGGGCAACGGUGGUAGCUUCUACAUUGGCGAACCUAAGCCAUCAGUGAAGGCAAUGCCCAAACAGGCCCACAGAAGGAGUGUUCCGCACAACUUCAUACCCCAGCGAAAUGGCGGAAAUGCGCCCACCGCAGAUGAUCUGCAGCUGAAGCUUUCCCUAAAGAAAAAGGUCUGGACAGGGGCACAUGGCGGUGAUGCGGACGGACGUCCAUUGGCUUGGUAUAAGGGUCACUCAGUGGCCGGCCCUCAGAUGUCCAGCAAUACAACAGCAACGGGCAUCCGCAGUGCCGGUGGAGGAGGAGGAGCAAAUGGAAAUGGACAAAACCGAACUAUGUUUCCAUCCAACGGAAGGGAGGCGAUGGCAGCAGCAGCUAGCAAUGCUACUAUAAACAUGGGCAUGCCCCCCGUCUUUAUGGGAGCUCCACGAAAGCCGAAGAAACUGGAGCAGGUGGAUUUGUUCAACGCCUGUUCCCAGAAACUGAUUAUGUGGCAGCAGCAACAGCAGGAGGACCCCAAGCGCUCCCAACCAGCACAACAGCAGCUGCCGCAGCGACUGAUGAAGGUGGAGGAUGCAACGCGGGACCGUGAUCGUGAACGGGAACGGGACCGAGAGCAGCAGCAGCGAGAGAUAAUACGCGCCUUCCGGCCCAUUCAAGUCGGCAAGAAGACCGCAGCUGGCAUGGGACAGGGUAAGUCCCAGCAACAGCAGCACGGCCUGGUCUCCGAGGUCUCCGGCGGUGGCAAGGUGAAGCGCAAGUCCAGCAGCAUGAUGAAGAUAGCAGAGACCACGCAGCUGGUAACUCGGUUUGCCCGCAAUCGUAGCAGUGCCGGUGGAUCAGCGGUGCAGCAACAGCAGCAGCAGCAGCAUCAACAGAUGCAGCAGCACCAUCACCAUCACCAGCGAAUGAUGCUCAAGAACCAGGGAGGAGCUGGAACCAUGCCCGGGCGCAUGCACUCCGCCGGAGUCUUAGUUGGGCGUGGACCGAACAAAUUCAAGACCGGCGGACUGGUGAUCACAGCGGUGCAGCAACCGGCAAAGAUGCCAGGCGGCAAUGGCAGCAGCAACUCCCGCCGCAUGCGUAACGCCGCUGCUGGAACAUUGCAGGCCAAGAGCAGCUCGACGGGAGUCGUCAAUCAACUGUCUGGAGCGAUGCACUUCCAGCGCAACAGUAACAGCAACGGCGGCGGUGGUGGCAGCAGCAGCGGCACACUGGCACCCAACAAGUCGCAGACGGGCAUCUCACUGGAUACUGUCAAUUUGGUGCGCAAGGUGAAGACCAAGCUGAAGAAGCGCAAAUCCCGCACCCUGUCCACUGGGGCGGCGCCCAAGUAGAGUCAGUCACGCCCAGAGUGUCCAGAAAUUGCAUCCUACGGCUUACGAACCCCCCGAUCGAUAACCCAUAUCCUUGGACUUCUUGACACCGUUCAAUUGUUCAAAAGAGACCAAAAUUGCAGUCAAAGAGAAGAACCUUUCGCAUCAAGUUGAAGUUUGUUGAAAACGCAAAACGCAAGAAAUGAUAGGGAAAUAAUUAGCAAAAUUAAUGAAAUAAUUCAUAUAUGUAUGUAUGUAUCCCCGUAGUCUGUGUUUCCUAAAUAAUCCCAAUUUCUGUACCUACACUUAAUCCCUAAAAUAAUGUUGAAAAUCCAA